AUCGCCGCCGUCUUCGCCAGCAUCUACUCCAUGACGGCCAUCGCGCUGGACAGGUACGUGGCCAUCAUCCACCCGCUCCGGCCUCGCCUCUCGGCCGCGGCCACCAAGGCUCUGGUGGGGCUGAUCUGGCUCCUGGCGCUGCUGCUCGCCGCCCCGCAGGGAUAUUUCUCCGUCACCGCCGAGCUCCCGGGAAGAUCCGUCUGCCUCGUGGAGUGGCCGGAGCCCGGAGGAGCCGUGUCCGGAAAAACGUACCACUUUUCCAUGACGGUGCUGCUGUACCUGCUGCCGCUGCUGGUGAUCGGCUGCGCCUACGCCGCCGUCGGCCGCACGCUCUGGGCCAGCGCCAUCCCCGGAGACUCCUCCGACCGCUACCACGAGCAGGUGUCGGCCAAGAGGAAGGUGGUGAAGAUGAUGAUCGUGGUGGUGUGCACCUUCGCGCUCUGCUGGUUGCCCUACCACGUGUACUUCACGCUGCAGUACCUGAGGCCCGAGUGGUACCUGAGAAGGUCCAUCCAGCAGCUCUACCUGGCCGUCAUGUGGUUGGCCAUGAGCUCCACCAUGUACAACCCCAUCAUCUACUGCUGCCUCAACGACAGAUUCCGGCUGGGAUUCAAGCACGCCUUCCGCUGGUGCCCGUGCGUCAGCGCCGGCGACUACGAGGGGCUGGAGCUGCGCUCGGCGCGUUUCCUGCACACGCACGGCUCCGUCUCCAAGCUCAGCCGCACCGACACCGCCACCGUGGCCUCGGCGCUGGGCGCGGCCGACGAGGAGCCGGACGAGCCGGGCCGGGCCGAGCGCCUCUCCCUGGACGUCACCUCCAACGGUUCCUCCCGCAGCGAUUCCAAGACGGUCUCCGAGAGCUUCAGCUUCUACUCCAACACCCCGACCUAGGGGUGUCCCCUCGGCGUCACCGCGCCGCUCGUGUCCCGCGCUGUUUUCCCGUCUCUGUUCCUUGGGAUCGGUUCCGUGUGUUCCGGGCUGGGCACCAGGAAUGUUUUCGCUGCCUGGUUGGAGAUGGAGGGGACGCAGGAAUGGGACAAAGCCGGGUUUUUCUCUGGAAUUCCAAUGUUGGUUGGCGUUUCUGUGCUCUCUGCGAGGCAGGAGAACCUCCAGAGGAUCUCCUGGUGUAUCCCACCCCAUGGAAAACGAUUCCCUCCUCCCAUCCUUCAUUUCCUUCUCCCUGUUGGAUGUCCAGGGGGUUCCUGAAUCCCAAAACGGCUUUUUCCAGCUCCAUGGGGAAUCAUCAGCCACGCCGCAGAUCCGGGACUUCCUGCAUGGGCUUGGAUCAUCUCCAGCAUCCACAUCUGCUGCUCCUGGUCUCCCGCUGUCGCUCCAAACCCGCUCAUCGGAGCGGAGAUUCCCAAGGGAUCUCCUGAAGGGUCUCACAAAUGACCUCCUGAAGUGUCUUCAAGGAUCUCCAAAGGAUCUCCUGAAGAGUCUCCUGAAGGAUCUCCUGAAGGGUCUCCUGAAGGGUCUCCUGAAGGGUCUUCAAGGAUCUUCAAAGGAUCUCCUGAAGGAUCUCCAGAGGAUCUCCUGAAGUGUCUUCAAGGAUCUCUAAAGGAUCUCCCCAAGGAUCUCCUGAAGGGUCUCCAGAGGAACUCCUGAAGGGUCUCCUGAAGGGUCUCCUGAAGGGUCUUCAAGGAUCUCCAGAGGAUCUCCUGAAGGGUCUCCAGAGGGAACUCCUGAAGGGUCUCCUGAAGGGUCUCCAAAGGAUCUCCCGAAGGGUCUCCAGAGGAUUUCCAAAGGAUCUCCCCAAGGAUCUCCUGAAGGAUCUCUGAGCUGAGCUGGGCUUUAGCUGCUGUUCCUCAACCACCCCAAGGGAUUCCUGUGAUUCCCUGGAAAUCCAAGGCGACGCCUCUUGGAUGGACUCUGGAACGCCAUGGAGCUCUGGAAAAGGGGAGACCACCCUGAAGUGAUUCCCACCCCCUGGGAAUAGAUUCCAUCCCAAAAACGAGGAUUGGAGGGAGCUCGGGAAUUCUCCAGAGCCGCUUUCACCCCCAGGCUUCGGAGGAUUCCCUUCCACCUCCUGCCUUUUGUUUUAAUUAGGGAAUUUUUAUUUUUCCUUUGCAAAAUCCACGAGGUUCCCGAUGUGUGCACGGAUUCAUGGAAUGUUCCCGUUCUCGUGGAUCGUUUUCCCAGGAUUCCUCCAGAGGAUGAACACACACCCAGAGUGAGGAGAACACGAAAUUCCAAGCGGAUAAACUCGGAAUAAAUCCACAAAUUUGGGGAAAAUCUGGGGUGGAAUUGGCUCCCAAGUUCUCAUUUGGGGUGUGGAAAUUUGGCUCCUGAAUGGAUUCGCUGGAACUCUGGAGAAAUGUCCUGGUCCCUGCUCCAUUCCCGUCUCCUGGCCGCCUGAAUCCAGAGGUUUUUCCAGGUUUUUUCAGGAAGAUCUCAAAUCAGAGAUUCAGUUCCCAAACCGGGCGGUUCCUUUGCCUCUUCCCCGGCACCCGCGAGGAAAAUCAGCGGAAUCUGAUGGGAAUUCCCUGGAGUUCUGCUCCCACCACCCGGAAAACUCCCUCAUCCCAAACUCCAAAUCCCAAAUCCCAGACUGGAGCCGCCUCCUGACCCCAAAACUUUGGUUUUAACCUCAGCUUUGUGUCGUGAAAUGCAGAAAUUCCCGUCCCCACUGAACGGGAGCAGCAAAUUCCAAAUCCACCCUCGGGAUCCGCCCCUAAAUCCACCCUCUACACCCUACUCCACGUGGGACCGUCCCUCCCCCAGCACCAACCCCUGGAUUCGGGAAUCUUGUUGGAUUUUUGGGAAUUUUGCUGGACUUUUCAGGGAUUUUACUGGAUUUUUGGGAUUCAAACAGGCCUGGCCCUGCUUGGCAGCAAAACUCCGGUGCCUUCGGAAGUCACAGCCAAGGAUCCGGCGGUGCCUUUGGAAGCCGAAGCCAAGGAUCCAUCUGGGAGCAAUUCCCAUUGUUCGGAGCGGUUUUUUCUGGGAUCAGGCCUGUCCCACCCAUCCUUGGCUUUAUUGUUGUUUUUAUUUCCUGUCCCUCCAGCAGGAUCCGUUGUUUACGGAGCGUUUCCCACUUGGAAUGACGAGAUUUGGGUUUUUCGGGAUUUCCGUGUCCUUGCCAGAGCCCUGGUGUGAGGUCACGGAGCUUGGCCUGGGAGCUCCCGGUGUUUAUUUUGCAUUAAAAUCAUCAGUAUCCAUAAAAAUUCCAAUUUUCAGCCUUCAGGAGCCACCACGGGCGCUUCCAGGCUUCCCCAUUCCGGGAUUUUGGGAUUUACUCAUCUCAUCCUGCCCCAAAAUUCUGUGUCCAGCUGAAAAAUGGACACAAUCGUUCUAUUAGCAUGAGAAUCCCCCUUUUCCUUGGAAUAUCCAACCCAAAUCCCGUUCCUGCUGGAAUAUCCACUCCCAAAUCCCAUUUCUAUGGAAUAUCCACUCCCAAAUCCCAUCCCUGUGGAAUAUCUAUUCCCAAAUCCCAUCCCUGUGGAAUAUCCAUUCCCAAAUCCCAUCCCUGUGGAAUAUCUAUCUACUCCCAAAUCUCAUCCCUGUGGAAUAUCCAUUCCCAAAUCCCAUUUCUAUGGAAUAUCCACUCCCAAAUCCCAUCCCUGUGGAAUAUCUAUCUACUCCCAAAUCUCAUUCCUGUGGAAUACCCAUUCCCAAAUCCCAUUUCUAUGGAAUAUCCACUCCCAAAUCCCAUCCCUGUGGAAUAUCCACUCCCAAAUCCCAUC